UAAUAGUGUGGACUUAGGGAAGAAGGUUUCCGCAUCUCAUCAAAUGCCAGAUGUUUUUUUUACUUUGACAAUUGUACGGCUUCGAUUUUCCGGCUUCCGAAUCUCGCCAACCAACACGGCGAAACACAACACCUACUCUCUCUGUCUCUCAUGCCCACUAUUUAGCUUUUUUACUGUUGUCUGAAUAGAGUUUGUCUCUGUUUCCAACACCCCUCUCUCUCUCUCUCUCUCUCUCUCUCUCUCUCUUUCUGCCGCUAAUGGCGGUGUUUUAAAAAAACCUUUUCACUUUCCCUCUUAUGAAAUCAUUUUACAUUUUUAAGUAUAUUAUCUCUCAUCGCAUGAGAAUCAUCUAGAGUCUACUAGACCCCAUUCUCUGUUCUUCUUCUUCGUAUGAAUAGAUGGACAAACUGAAAAAGUCCUUCAAAUCAAUCCAUGAUCAAAAGCAAACCCCCCAAAACCACUCCUCUGAAGACCCCCGUCUCAUCUUGCUUCAACAGCAAGACGAUCCGAUGGCUCAGAGCCACCGCAAAGAAGUCAUCGUCAAAAUUAACGCCCCAGACACUCCUAAAGAGACGGAGCUCACUUCCCAUUCACCGUCACCGUCUCCGUCACCUCCGGCGCCACAUUCCGGUAAGAGUGGAAACGGAAUAUGGAGAGACUCGAGCUACGAUUUCUCCAACGACGCGACUAAAGUCUCCAAAGAGUUCGAGUUCGGCACCGAGUCGCCUCUCUCUCAGUGCUCGCGACCCGGUUUGUCGAAGAUCGCGGAGAGUCCGAGUCACGGCCAGUUCACGCCGAGGGAAGUUAGGGUUUCGUUUAACGAAGGUACUUCCGAACCGGUUCAGCGCCGGUCCAAUGUCAGCGGCGGCGUCCGUGGCGCCGCCGCCGAAGACGAGGUGUUGGUUUGUAGUUCCAACUCUUCGUUUCGCCGGAAAUCGAGUUUGUUGAAUGCGAAGACGAAGUCGAGACUGAUGGACCCGCCGGAGCAAGAUCAGAGAUCUCAGAGGAUGAUGAAAUCUGGGUUUUUGGGUAGAAGCAGUGAAAUCGACGAGGACGAUCCAUUUUUGGAUGAAGAUUUGCCUGAAGAGUACAAGAUGAUGAAGUUCAGUACAUGGUCUGUGAUUCAAUUGGUGAGUUUGAUUUUGAUUAUUGCUGCUUUAGCUUGUACCCUUGCAAUUCCCAGAUUUAGGAAGAAAAGAUUGUUCGAACUUGAAUUGUGGAAAUGGGAACUCAUGAUUUUGGUUCUGAUCUCGGGUCGAUUAGUCUCUGGUUGGGCUAUUCGCAUUGUUGUGUUCUUCAUUGAGCGCAAUUUUCUGUUGCGAAAGAGGGUUUUGUAUUUCGUGUAUGGGGUUAGGAAUGCUGUUCAGAAUUGCAUUUGGUUGAGUCUUGUCUUGAUUGCUUGGCAAUGUAUUUUUGACAAAAGGGUUGAGAGAGUGACUAAUAGGCAGGUCUUGCCUUUUGUAACUAGGAUUUGGAUUUGUCUUUUGGUGGGUACAUUGAUAUGGCUUCUCAAAACUCUUCUUCUUAAAGUUCUCGCUUCGUCUUUCCAUGUGAGCACGUUUUUCGAUCGAAUUCAGGAGUCUUUGUUCAAUCAGUAUGUGAUUGAGACACUGUCUGGUCCUCCAUUGAUUGAGAUUCAGCAAGAACAGGAAGAGGAAGAGAAGGUCAUGGCUGAAGUUGAGAAAUUACAGAAUGCUGGGGCAACUAUGCCCGCUGAUCUCAGGGCGAAUGUGUUUCCGAGGAGUGGGAAAGUGAUAGGGAGUGGGAGACACCAGAAGAGCCCUAAGCUCGGGAAGAGUCCCAGAUUUUCUAGUGCUACUACGCCGCAGAAGCAAGAUGAAGGUAUCACAAUCGAUCACUUGCACAGGCUGAACCAGAAGAACGUUUCCGCUUGGAAUAUGAAGAGGUUGAUGAAUAGUGUUCGAAAAGGGUUCUUAUCAACUUUGGACGAGCAAAUCCAAGAUUCAACUGGCCAGGAUGAGUCUGCUGUUCAGAUCACAAGCGAAUGCCAGGCAAAAGCUGCAGCCAAGAAGAUAUUCUACAACGUGGCUAAGCCAAUGUCCAAAUACAUCUGCCUGGAGGAUCUGAUGCGCUUUUUGAGAGACGACGAGGCUUUGAAGACUAUGCGUCUCUUUGAAGGAGCAAGUGAAGGCAAAGGAAUCAGCAAGCGAGCUUUGAAGAAUUGGGUGGUUAAUGUAUUCAGAGAACGGAGGGCAUUGGCAUUGUCUCUCAACGAUACAAAAACAGCAGUGAACAAACUCCACCAAAUGUUGAACGUUGCUGUAGGAAUUGUCAUAGUGGUCAUCUGGCUUCUAAUACUCAAAAUUACAAGUACCCAUUUUUUUGUUUUUUUAGGCUCCCAGCUGCUUUUGGUGGCGUUUAUGUUUGGAAACACAUGCAAGACAACUUUUGAGGCCAUUAUCUUCUUGUUUGUGAUGCACCCAUUUGAUGUGGGUGAUCGUUGUGAAAUAGAUGGAGUUCAGAUGGUGGUUGAAGAGAUGAAUAUACUAACUACUAUUUUUCUGAGGUUUGAUAACCAAAAGAUCAUAUAUCCCAACAGCGUUCUAGCUACCAAACCCAUCAGCAAUUACUACCGUAGUCCAGAUAUGGGAGAUUCAAUUGAUUUCUGUAUCCACAUUGCCACUCCCAUGGACAAGAUUGCUCUGAUGAAAGAGAGAAUAACCCGGUACAUUGAAAACAAGAGUGACCAUUGGUACCCAGAUCCAAUGAUAGUCCUGAGAGAUGUAGAGGACAUGAAUAGGCUGAAAAUAUCGGUGUGGCUGUCGCAUAGGAUGAAUCAUCAGGACAUGGGUGAGAGGUGGGCGAGGCGAGCUCUUUUGGUGGAGGAGAUGAUAAAAACAUUCAGAGACCUCGAUAUUGAAUACCGAAUGUUGCCUCUUGAUGUCAAUGUCCGCAACAUGCCGGCCAUAGCUUCAAGCAGACUUCCCUCAAAUUGGACUACAUGUGCCAACUGAUCAGAGACAUGAAGAUAGGCUUUUUUCGCCAAAUGCGGGGGCUUUUUAAAUCAAAAUUCUCAAAUUCAAACAGUUCUAAACUUAUUUUUCAAACCCAACUAGUUUUAUGAAAUCGUGUUUUCAAAAGGCGACUUUAAGAUUAAAGUCAGUGUUUUGAAAACAUGAUGCGUGAAACAACUUGUGUGUUUGAGUAAUAAGUUUAAAUCUGCUUGGAUUUGAGAAUUUUUUUUUAAAACAACCUAAAAUUGGCAUUUAAAAAAAAAAUACUCCACAUGGAGAAAGAGCUACCAGGGGAGGGAAGUACUGAAACAGGCAAGAGAACCUCAAGAGAUUUCGGUGAGUGUUUUUAAGGUAGUGAUCAUUUGGACACAUAUGGAAAGGGAAUAAUUUAUUUAUACGAUGAUGUUGAAUGUUGAUGUGCACAUGCAGUUUCAAAAACUAUAAUAUAGAUGUGAUAGUUAUUAAUGUAUAUACAACUGUGUUUUUUUGGUUUUUGUUCGGUGAACUAGGUUUUGAAUAAUUUUAUAUGUACUAAUUAGUGUA